UAACAGGAACCAAAUAAAAAUCAAUGUUACGCAAUACCACCACCGAGCAAAAACACUUAUUGAACAAGUAACAAACAAGAUGGUCAAUAUUGAAAAUCAAACACGAUUCACUGCCAGUAUUGGUAUACCCGAAGAAACCGAUGAUUUUUAUUACGAUGAUACGGUUACCUGUCAACAUGUAGACAACUGUGGGGUUGUCUUUAUACUUAAAAAAAAUCCUCGUGGUGAAGAAGAUGAUUAAAACCUC